AUGCUCGGGUUUUGGCCCCUAAUUUUCUUAUUUUUCUUGGAUUCUGUUGAUGGUGAUGUAGUCGAGAGCAAUGCUGGAAACCUCUCUCCGUUCUGUAAAUACGCCGAAGCCGUUGUUGGAGCUGUGGCGCCAAGGCCGUUGCCGGAAGAGACCGCGCUCGGAUUGAUAGUGGGAAAUUUUGACGAAGAGGAGACUGUAAGUUGCGGAAUCAUCUUGACUGCAAAGGGCGUGAUUUUUGUCUUCAUACAAAGUUUUAUUUCCAACUGAAGAAUUGCCAGUUUGUCGGGAAAAUAACGCGUAUGGGUCGCGGCAAAAUGUCCCGCUUUUCACUGUACCUUCAGUCGAGGUUAGCCGUCGCAAAACGAUGAUGAGCGAUUUCAAGGCACGGCGAAUCCAUAAUAUUUUCCCGACAGGCCAAUAUUAGACAUAAUACCCGCGACUUACUGUUGUAAAAUUUCGAUAAUUACACUCUUUCUUCUGCACGCGCCGCUGCGAAUAUCGACUAGGCCCGGCCCAAGAGCUCGAUUAACAAUGCGAACAGCUUAAAACAGAGUUUUUUACAAACUGAAGCUUCCCUCCAAGAGGCCCGGACAUUGUUGCAACGACCAUCACUAAAUUUCUUGAAACUUGGCCAGUGAAGGGGAUAGACAUGCUGACAAAAAGCGAUAUCGGGUUUUGCAAAAUUUCAUCCAUUCCGGGAUUACUGUAGCAUUUUGUAUUUUAUAAAGAGCGGUUGUCGUGGGCCGGGUGAUGGCUCUAUGAGUCCAAAACUUUUUGUGUGGCUGUUUUCGACCAUGGCCAACAUUUUCCUAACUGAAACAUUUUUUGUAUCUCUUCAUUUUUUGGUAGUGUAACCCUCAAGAUACCAUAUCGGUUACUGUUAAAAAUAGGAAAGAGUUUGACCAGUUUUUCAGCGUGAUUAUAAAGGUUGGACACACUCUCUCAAAAAUAAGACAAAAAAUCCAGGAGAAAGUUUCCAUUUUUUUGCCGCACCCUGUAGAGUCCCGAGAGUUAUUGCAGGCCCCGCUGGGCUCUGAAAUCCGGGCAUGGCCCGGCUUUUAACCCUGCCUACCCUGACUUAUCGUUCAAUUUUCAGUGGAAGCCUUAUCUCACCCCAUGGGCGACCGCCGUAACCAUCAUCGUCAUUCUCCCCCUCCUCUUUGUCCUCAGUUAUUUGGUCUAUCGUUGCGUCGCUUGCUGUCUUUCCUCGGACUCGAAACCAAAGCGAAAGAUCGGACUGAAGAAUGCCCUCAACGCUCUGCUACUAAUCCUCACUGUGCUUGUCAUUGCCUUUGCUGCAAUUGCAGCUUAUGGAAUUAUCACAGCGACAGACUCAGCGAACAGAAUGGGCAAUGCCGUCGAAAGUUUUGCGGACGAGACCCGCCAUUAUGUCCAGGAAAAUUGCGCGGUAAGGUUUUUUUGUGCAAAUUUGUUUACGCCUUCGAAAACAUUACUUUUAGGCCCUCGAAAAUAUGGUAGGUGUCGAGACAAAUAUCACAUCACUCUUGGAGAAAAUCUCCAAGAGUUUUCACGAAGCUGUGGCGGAUAUGAAACACACACUUGACGUGAGACAUGCUCCUCUAGUUGAAAAGUUCCAGAUGAGUAAGUUCUGUGGACGCGGACGUGAAAUUGUACAGUAAAAUAUUGACUCUGUCGGGAAAAUAUUGCGGAUUCUUCGCGGCUAUUAUAGAAAUCCCCCAUUAUCGCUGUGCGACGGCUGGUCGCUUUAUUGGUGCGCGACUGCGACACGCCGAGACUUUUGCCGCGACAUAUCCACAUUAUUUUCCCGACAGACUGACGUCAAGAGCAAACUCAUUUCAGUCGUUUCAAAAAUUGAAGCCAAACAAGACGACCUUGCCACCUUGGUAAAAUUUUUCGACUAUUAUCGAAACGACAUGCCUGCACUUAUCGUAUGUUACUUUCUAGUGAUUUUCGAGGGUGUAUAUGUUUUCCAGAACGCCACCGAUCCUCUGCUGCCAUAUAUCCGGAAAAUGAGCGAGAUUCGACAGAUAACGCCGCGGGAUACAUUCAACCAAAAAGUGGACCAAAUGUUGGAAAAUAUUGUUGCCUUGGUCGACAGGCGAUUGAACGGUAUGUUCAAAUGUGGCCUCAACAAGGCUCAUUUAUGGUCGUUUUUGUUCAGAAAUAGCCCCUAAAGUCCAGCAAAAUCUCACUGGGAGACUGAACGGUUAUCUAGCUGGUGUUUGCUCCUCGGUUGACCAACUAACACAGCCUCUCAAGGAACUUAAAAAUGAGUAUGAAGAGCGAGUCGAGCCGCACAUUGUCUACCCGUAAGCUUAACCUGAAUUUUGUCAACACAUCUUCAGCUACUACGUCGUAUUGGCAACUGCCGCUGUUUUGUUGGCUGUCGCCCUUGUCAGCUUCAGUGGGAUCGGAUACAGUUUUAUUGUGACUAAUCGGAAGGCAGAUUCUGAAGGAAGCAAGUCCGCUGGACCGAAAUGGCUUUAUAAUUUGUAAGUUUGACACGUUUGUUGUGCCAAGUUGGUCUUGCAUGUUUAUGCACCUUAUGAAAAUACAAUCAGUGUAUUCUGAUGUAGCAAAAUUCAUAUCAGAUUGCAAAAGCCCUAAAAAUACUAAAUUACGGCUGCUAAUUCAACAUCACCUAUACUUCCGACAUGAUUGAGUGCGUUUACAAAAAAAUUUUCCAUUCAUUUCUUCAGUUAUGUUUUUGCUAGCAAGCGCAAUUUAUUGUACCCGGCCCGUCUCGAAUUUUGUUUGGCCCGGCCUGGAAGCCAUGUCUAGGCAUGGCCCACGUCAAUCCAAAAUAGAAGAAAAAUUUUCCCGCCCCUUUUUGGCGAUUCGUUCAAAACGAAAUGUCACUAUCCGAUAAAAAGCAUUUUCUUAUCUUUAUUCUUCCUUUUCGAGAAAAAGCAAUUAUUUCGGGCGAAAAAAGGUGCCGAUAAUUUCGUGACAUUUCGCCUCUCUUUUAAAUCAAUGAAAACGAUACGAAGCUUCGAAACGGGCCAGGAAAUGCGCUGGAUUGACGUGUGGCCCGGUUCGACACGCUAGUGAGUCUCAAUAGGACGACUAUCGACAGGACCUAGCAAAGGGUCUCAACAAACACGACGCACGUCAAACUGAGAUAAGAUAAAACAGUCCGGUGAAUGGAUUGGCAAUUUGCCAAAAAAAGACGCGAAAAAACGUUUUGUCGUGGAAGAAAUGGGGAAUUUUUGGGGCGAGAGAGUACGCUUUUGCGUGUCUUUUUUCUCUCUUUCUCUGCGAAAUUAAAACGAAGUGUAAAAAACCGAUAGCGGAGGAUCUAUUCCGGUCACCGGACUCCUCAAUUUGACGUUCGACGCCCAUUUAGAAAGGGUGGGUUUCUAACCCAGUCAAAAACAGAGCUGUGUGAACUCUGUGCAUACCUCCAUUGCAACGUAUCCAAAGCCUUGUUUUCAGCUCGAUCGGCGCUGUUCUGCUGCUCUUAAUCACUGUUCCCCUUCUUACUGCAACUUUAUUCGCCCCACUCGGGGUUGCGACGGAUUUGGUGUGCGAUCCAUGGAAGAACCCGGAAAAGCGCUCGGACGUUCUCGCCGUUCUGGAUGUUCUGGCGGCAAGGGCGUUAGAGGACGAAUUGGUAAAAAGGAUUCUAGCCAGAAAUGAACAUCCAAUAUCCAAAAUUGUCAACGAGUGUGGAAAUGGGACAAGUCUGUUGGAAAUCCUGAAGCUCGGCCAAGUGUCUGAACUUUUUGGAGCGGGCCAGGGGAUUCCAUCGGCAGUCCCUCUUGAAUUCUAUUUGAUUGAACUGCGAGACACAAUGUUGGAUCGAAACAACUGGCCGCAAAACGGUUUCUAUAAUUUGUCGUAUUUCGAUCUAUUGAAGGACAUGAGAGGACUGGCAGCGAGUCCGAGCCCGAAAAGACAGGUAAGACACGUUUGGUUAUCAGUCUGUCGGGAAAAUAGUGAGCACCUGUCGCAUCGGAAACCUCAUUGCCGCCGAGAAAAUGAAUUGUUGCGACAAAAUCAAAUUGGUUUUUGUUUCAGCAAUCGGCCCAGCGAUCGUCGCGCCAUAAAGUCCCUAGAAUCCGUAGAAUUUUUUUCGCCGAAAUUGCGGGAUGCGCUCACAGAAAAGUGUGUGAGCGAAACUGAGGAGUCCGGUGACCGGAAUAGACUCUUCGCUAUCGGUUUUUUACACUUCGUCUUGAUUUCGCAGAGAAAGAGAGAAAAAAGACACGCAAAAGCGUACUCUCUCGCCCCAAAAAUUCCCCAUUUCUUCGCCGACAAAACGUUUUUUCGCGUCUUUUUUGGCAAAUUGCCAAUCCAUUCGCCGGACUGUUUUAGCUUGUCUCAGUUUGACGUGCGACGUCGCUAGGAUGGCGUCUGAACUCUAGUCGUUGCAUAAAGUGCAUCGACUUUUUGACGUAAACUUUCGGCACUGUGCAUUUGACCUGUUGCACCGUGCAGUUCAAAAGAGAGCGUUGUCGCGCAUUUUUGUCGCGCGAUAUUAAUUUCACAGUCCAAAAAGAAGAAAAAUGCACUGCGCCGCGAAAAAAAAGUCUACGUACUUUAUGAAAUGGAUAUAUUUCCACUUUUCACAUCUUAUAUAUACACUCCGUUACGAAAGUAUACCUACCCCAUUGAGAAUUGCAAUAUCUAAAGUUUGGUAAGAGAUAUCGAAAAACUGCUAAUGCCAUUCGAAAGAGCAUGUCUUAAAACCUAUUACCACAAGGAAUCAGCCCGUGGAAAAAAUUUUGAUCGGUUUGGCAACCAUUUUAAUAUUUUUUGCCGUUUCAAAAGUAUACCUACCCCUGACGGUUUUUUGGCCAAUCUGGCUCGGAUUUUGAAUUAACUUGCCCCGAUUUCUUUCCAUCGUGUACCCUAUGGUCUUUGGAAGUGUAUUACAUUCAUUUCAAUUGCACUUUACCCACGUAGUGCUUUUGCGAGCCAUCUCUGACCUUGUACAUGAGGUUAAUCUUAAUUUCAAAAAAUUUCUUGACUAGGCUGCUUUCUUGGCAGAAAAACUACAUUACCUGUUAAAUUUUGCACAUAUAGCUCACUAUGAGAAAAUAAAACAGCUUACUGAAAGUUUUCAAGUAUUUUCUCAUCAUAUCAUCUACAACAAGCAGCUACCGUAACACUUUAGGCUCUAAAAUACCAAGACGAAUGGACGCAAAUCAUAAAAUUUGAUACACGAAUUCAGACUCAGCAUGUCAGAAAACAUAUCUCUUUAAUUAGACUCCCAUACAGAGCAGGCCCCAGUCCUGUAGAGUUCGUUCUUCAAAAACCUUCGAAAAACAGGCAAAAAUACACUAGGUUUUGCAAAUGCAUUUUUGAACCGAGUGUCUGCAACAGAUAUCACACUUCUGAAACUAGUGGAGUAUAAAUAUAGGUUUACAGAUAUGCUGAGUUUGAUUUUCCGGACAAAAUUUUGCAAUCGAUACUAAUUUUUUGUGUUUCUAGGGUCUGUGAAGGUUACUGUAGAAAGUAUACGGUAAUUUAUCUCUUAUGUAGAUGGCUGUACAUGAUAUUGUAUUGAUUUGUUUUACGUAUUACCUUCGAUAAGAGUUGUCUAGGUCAUUUUUUUAGCGAAACAAAGACAUUCAUGUAGGGUUUUUUUGAAAUUAAGACUAACCUCAUGUACAAGGUCAGAGAUAGCUCGCAAAAGCACUGCGUGGGUAAAGUGCAAUUGAAAUGAAUGUAAUACACUUCCAAAUACCAUAGGGUACACGAUGGAAAGAAAUCGGGGCAAGUUAAUUCAAAAUCCGGGCCAGAUUGGCCAAAAAACCGUCAGGGGUAGGUAUACUUUUGAAACGGCCAAAAAUAUUAAAAUGGUUGCCAAACCGAUCAAAAUUUUUUCCACAGGCUGAUUCCAUGUGUUUAGAGGUUUCAAGACAUGCUCUUUCGAAUGGCAUUAGCAGUUUUUUGAUAUCUCUUACCAAACUCUAGAUACUGCAAUUUUCCAUGGGGUAGGUAUACUUUCGUAACGGAGUGUAUAUAUUUAAUAUAAUCCUGCUGUUCAGCUUCGGCGUCUGAACCAGCACUUGCGUCGGAAGUAUCGCAGAACCACCGGAACUAUCAAGUGGCUCGUAGCGUUCCAGAAGGAGUUACGAACCAUUCUUCCGACCGAUUAUGAGGUCCAAGGGUUCGUCGUGUCACUGACUCCGGCCAAAAUCAUGUGGCUCGUCAAGUCGACGUUCGAAAAGCUCAGGAACGACAACAUACACCAUAUCAUGGUGUUCGCCGACACGUUAACCGCCACUGUUGAAAAGCGCGUUGGGAGUUGCGAAGAGCUCGAACGAAUCGUGGUGAAUCUGCGGACGGAGGUCUGCGACAACACUGUUGACAUCUACAACUCGGUGUGGCUGUCGUUCUUGCAUAUCAUUGUGAUUUUUAUCCCCUUUGUUGUGAUUGGUGGGGCUCUUGGGAGAUUGCAUUAA